AUGGUUGACCGUCAUAACAAGGAGGCCAUUCUACGGCUUCUUCGUGAUGAUUUAGAGGCCCUGGAAGAUACUGUGAAGGGAAAGCAGAGAGCUGGAGAUCUGACAGAUCUUGAGCUUGCCAUCAAAACUAUGCAAGAUGACAUCGAGAACAUUGAGAGGUCUAUCAAGGACCAGUCUCAAGCCCACAGCACGACCUCUGCGGUAUUGAGUGAUCAAAAUAUGCUCAUGUCGCUAGCACGCCAAGAGAGAAUAGCCAACGAGGACCACCAACUUGCUGUUGCCCUGAAUGAUGGACAGCGCCCCCCUCGCCUCCUUUCAGGAAACACCGAGCCUCAACCCAUGCACGAUGAGAAUAUCGACCCCGUUUCAAUUAUUUUGCAAGAUUUGUUGACCCGAAUAUCUGUACGAGACGAACUGGGUAAUGCAGAAGGAUCCUCUCGGGUUGUCUCUUCCUAUCAAUCGACGACCCGUCGCGUCAGGUGUGUCUCGUGCCUCGAAAGCCAUGAUGCAGUCCUUUCAAUGGACAGAUGUGGUCAUGAAUAUUGCCUUGACUGCACACGACAAAUGUUCCUUGGCUCAAUUCGGGACGAGGAACUGUAUCCACCCCGAUGUUGUGGCAAUGGCAUACCGCCAGCGGUUGCUAUGAGGGUUUUGAAUUACUCGGAGCUCCGCGAAUUCAGUCAUAGGGCACUUGAAUGGACUGCAAAGGACCGCGUCUACUGUGCCGAUCCAACUUGUUCGACCUUUAUUCCUGUCUUUGCUAUCAACAACGACCAUGGUACAUGCCCCGAAUGUCACAAACAGACGCAUCUACCAUGUCGCUCUCUUGCGCAUCCGGCAAUGGACUGUCCACUGGAUGAGACCCUUCCUCUUGUUUUGGAUAUCGCAGAAGCAGAAGGCUGGAAGAGAUGUCCGCAUUGCCGGACUAUGGUGGAGCUUCUGCGAGGCUGCAACCAUAUGACAUGCCGUUGUGGCCGAGAGUUCUGCUAUGCCUGUACCGCGACCUGGAAGACAUGCGAAUGCGAUCUCUGGCAUGAGGGACGGCUCUUGGACGAGGCGCAACAAAUUGUCGAAGAGGAAGUCCCCCAGAAUGCGGGUCACGCAGUCCGGCAGCAAGCGUUGGAUGGGGCUAUUCAGAAUCUUCGGCAGCAUGAGGAUGACGGAUGUGAACACCACAGGCAUUCUCAAUGGGCCUGGCGGAACCGAGGCAGCCUCCAGUGUGAUGUCUGCUUCCAUUACUUACCUGAGUACAUCUUCAUGUGCAGGAACUGCCGGAUGAGGGUUUGUUGGGAUUGUCGGAGAAACAGGUUGCGAUAA